AAGCCGAUCGUCUCUUGGAAACGCGCGUUGUUUGCGAAAUUCGCCGUGUAGACGAAAAUGCCAGCUCGAGAACUGUCGUGAAUUAUUCUCUCGUCGAGAAAAUCUGCAAGUGAUCUACCUUCGACUGAUUGAUCAAUUGAGGCCAACGUCGAAGAGCAGAAGAAAAAUUUAUCGAGUGAGGAUUACUUUUUAAUCGAGCAGCCGAUGGAAAUCCAGGAGGUGGAUCAAUUGCGAAACGAAAAUUUUUCAGUGAACAUUCUCUGAACUGAAUGCUGCAAGCUUCUUUAUUAUGAUCUAUAGAAUCGGCCGCCGCGAUGACUAUGAAGAAGAAAUCACCGAAAAUCGAGGCCCAGGUGGUAGAGGCUAUUCGCAGGCUGCAGGCAGUUCAAGGAUCGACUCCGCGGGAGAUUAGCAACUACAUUGCUCAGGAGUAUAAUAUCCCCAACUCCGAGAUCAGGCCGCACGUUCAACUGGCUCUGAAGCGUGGCGUGACUUAUGGCAUUCUUCAGCGUAUGAAGGGAGGAGAGAGAGGAAAAGGAGGGCAAGAAUGGCGAGAGAAAGAAGAGAAAGAGAGAAAAGGAGGAAAGCGAGAGAAAGAUCGAGGAGACGCCGGAGAACGCGCCGCGGACGUGCACGAAGUCGUAGAUCCCGGCGUAGAUCGCGCGGCAGAGGGAGACAAAGGAGGAGGAGGAGAUCCACGAGGAGUCGUCGAAGACGUGGAAGAAGGAGCGCAAGAGGGAGAGGGAGGGAGCAACUUCCGAGGGAAAUCGACGAGCUACGGA